AUGGCUAUUGAUGACGGUACUCUUGCGUGGUCAGAUCUUUACGACGUUCGUCUCUUGGUGUUGCCCACGUUGCCCUAUACUGUGGGUAUCGCAAUCUAUCGCCUAUACUUCAGUCCUCUAGCCAAAUCCCCAGGCCCAAAGAUAGCGGCUCUCGCCGCCCUCUUCUACCCCUUGCUCACUAGUCACGCACACUUGGCCCGAUUGAAAGCUGAGCUGGAGACGGCAGUACCCGAUCCGAACAAGCUCCCAGUCGCGGCCAAUCUAGACGGACUGCCGUUUCUCAACGCCCCUGACGGGAAGAAAAUUGGCAUUCCGGCUGGGACUGCCAUGGGCAUGUCAGCUCCCCUCAUUACCCGUCACCCGGAUGUGUACGAUCAACCUGACGAGUUCCGGCCUGAUCGCUACAUUGAGAAGCCUGGCUUGACCAAGUACCUCAUGUAG